AUGAUGUUAAAAAUUCCUGGAGGUCCGGAUGAUUCGAAUCGUGAUUUAACUGAGGAACAACUGUAUUUGGACAGAAAUGCUAAUUUAGAGUGGGCAGAUGAAAAUGAAUCGAAUUUCUGCUUUGGCGAAUUCGAAGAUGCUAUAAAUUGGAUAUCGGAUUCGCUUGUCACUGAGCCAAACGAGAAAUCUACUGAUGCAUUUCUUUCACUUUUCAAUCCUGUUUGUAUUAAAUAUUGCAAGUGUGGCGCUGUAUACAUUUUUGCAGUGACUCAUAUGGCCGUUAAACUGGACAAAAUCAAAAUUCGUUCUCCCGCUAGAUAUUAUGCUCUAUGUAGUGAAAUCGAGAAGAUAAUAAAGGAUGCGAAGGAAGAGCUAAAUAUCGUUGCAGACUAUUGA